CGGGGGACAGGCCUGCUGGCUGCCGUAUGUGAGGUGGCGGGGCGUGGUUUGGUUUGGAGAGGUGGUUCAUGCGCAGGUGCAGCUAAAGUCGACGGAUAUCGACCGUGCUUGAUGGGCAGCGGGGCAAGAUGCAAAGAUUUCCUCGUACCUCACACCUAAUCAAUCAUGCACGCAGAAUCUGCUGCUUUAUGGCAGGUACUACCGUCAUGGUUUGGACCAGGCCGAGGACUUAUUACGAAGGCUAAUGAAAACAAUGGAAAGGAAAAGUGCUGGCUUCAUCCCCCACGCGACAUCGGGUUGCACUAAUGACUUGGGGUCGAAGAAAGCCUGUCCUUGGCUCUCCCUAAAGUCUCCCUGAGGUACCGAAGUCCUAACUUCGGUAGGACUUUUCCAGUUCAGAUCAUGUUCAUCCGCUCGAUUCGAUGGGGUCAAUCUGAAUCUCUCUUCUAAAAUUUCCAGUAUUUUAUACCAGCUGCCGAGUGCUCUUGUUGCCAGAGUGACACACUUUGAACGACACCUUGACCUUUUUUUUAUCAACUACUCUUCCGCGAUGAAUGCCUAAAGUCAUCGGUCAAAUCGAUGAAAACUCGAUGUAUCAUUGAUACAAAGCAUUUAUACGUGGAGUACGGUACUUGCCAUGAAACAACUCUUGUCAUAUUAUGGCAAGAAUGUGGACAAAGCCUCGAGAGGCACUUUAGGGGAUAGGGUUUAGAAUUGUAAGAAAAGCUAGUAAGGCAAAGAUCGUCGUGUGGAGAAGAAAUGCUUAGCCAGUGUUGGCUACCGUAAUAAUCAUGCAUUGCAUGCCGACUUUACACUUUCGCAUUCGUCGAUCACCUAAUUUCAAAGCCUAGCACUUCUCUUAUAUUCCAACAAUCGUUGCUAAGAAGGAGCUUCACUGCUUGUCAAAGCCAUGUUAGCAGAUGCAUGUGGCUCUUCCUGUUCAAUACCCACGGUAAUGUUACCGAAGAACGAGAGCCUGAAGACCAUGCACUCGCAUCGGCGUCUGUCGAGUAUAAGCAAAUAUUCGCCUGCCGACGAAGUCUAUCUGCGAGCAAGGUAAUGGAGAUUUCGAAAGUACUCUCGCAAGCCUGAAGUUCUCAAUUCCUCCACAGACUGUAACCUCUGUUGCACCUAAGAAUGAGUUUCUGAAAAGAUCCCAUCACUGGAAGCAGAGAGUGCUGUUAGCUGAUCCAUUUCUUUGGCGGAACGUGGCGGUCCACAUUCACUCAACGCCUUGAUUCUAAUUCUCUGUGCCGAGGUUCUAGUCAUCUACCUGCCCAUCUCGGUGCAAUCUUCAGCAGGGGCAAUAGUCCAGGAGUCAUUGAAGACAAUAAUCGUUCCUAACCAAGAAGCAUC